UAUGUUCUCAAGACCCUUCUUCAAAACCCUUCUUCUCAAGAAUGAUGAAUAGCUUCUUCUCAAGAACGACUCACCUGCUUACCAAGGUUGCUGGCUUUGCUGUUGGUGUCGGCGUGGUAUCCUCGGUUGUCAAUGCCUCUAUGUACACCGUCCGCAUGGGUGAACGAGCAGUCAUCUUCCAUCCAUUUGGAGGUCGUACAGACAACACCAUCGUCGGUGAAGGAACUCAUUUCUGCAUUCCAUGGCUUCAAAAGCCCUCUAUAUUCAAUAUUCGUGUUCGACCUUACACUUUCAGUUUUGUUUCCUAUACUAAGGAUCGUCAAGAGGUGACUUUGACGGUGCGUGUUCUCUUUCAUCCUGAUAUCCCUUACCUCCCACAUAAUCAUCAAACUCUCCCUUCUAUUAACCAUAAGGAUCUGGAUGCUGUGGUCUCCAAAUUCACCUCUCAUGAGCUUGUGGCUAACUUGAUGGAUGUCUCCGCUCUUAUCCGUGAGGCACUGGCUGCCAGGGCUACAGAAUCACAUAUUGUCUUAGAUUACGUAUCCUUCACUAAUGUCUCCUUUAGUCCAGAAUUUUCCAGGGCUUGCGAGUCCGAGCAGGUUGCGCAGCAACGCCAAAAAAUGCUAUUGUUGAGAGAAGCUAAAGAAGAAGAAAAUAUCCGAGCUGCUACUGUUUGGGAUGAGGCCUUUAAGGUUGCUGUUAGUAAGUUUGCAUCAAAGCAUCAAAACAUGCCCAAGUUUGAAGAUGUAUAAUAUCCUGUGAUUUAGAAGAACUAGUUUGAUGGAUAGCUUAUGCAUAUCAAUGGCAUUCUGAAUUUUUUUUUUUUUUUA